UCGAAAUUGUUGUACACCAUCGGCACAACAGCACCUGCACCUAGUCGGCUUUAACGUCAGUUGGUGAAUACUCAUCGAUGUGAAAACACGAAGUGCCCGCAGCAAAACGCAAACCCGUCUUAAAACGUCCAAGUGCUGAGUUGUUUGUCGGUCGGAAAAAAACACAAAUUAAACCAAAACAAAAUCCAAUUGAUAAACAUCAAAAUAGUCUUUAUCUGCCCCACUUGCUAGAAGUGCCGUCGCUCCCUCACUAUUGUGCGACCGACCUGUUGCUAUUGGCUAUUGAGUGUUAAAGACUAAAGGCAAAUAAAUAAAUCCAAACAAACAAACGAACACGACAUCACUUAAAAGUCCAAGUGAUUAAACUUAGGCAUUUUAUUUGCAAAUCAUUAGUUGGAAUUCUGUAUUCCUUUCGACGUACGCACACACACAGCCACACACAUAAGUAUACACAUAUAAGUUGCUACUAAAGUCAUGAGCUUUACACGGCAAUUGUCAGAAAUGUCGGCCAGUGAGUUGAACGAAGCCAUUGACGACUCCAAUUUCCCCCAAGCGCAUAUCCUAUCACGUGGACGGAACAAUAGCAUCUGUUCAACAGGCUCGGCCUCUGGCAACUCUUCUCUAUUGGAUCGGAAUUUAUCACAAACGGAUGAUGCGUCGGCGGGAAGUGUUGCUGGCAAUGUUGCAAACGAGGCACAAAGUGAUGGCGCCGUAAGCAAGGCCAUUACCAACCGUCCAAAACUGGUAAUAAAAGCUAACGGUACAAUACCAGAAAAUGACUCCAUUCGAACGCCGAUGACUCCAAGGACAUCAACCACUCCAGGACAUGAAAAUUGCACAUUCCACCACGACUUGGAACUGGACCAUAAGCCUCCAACUAGAGAGGCGCUCUUGCCUGAUAUGGCAAGAUCAUAUCGUUUACUUCUGGGCGGAUUAGGCGAAAAUCCAGAUCGCCAAGGUCUGAUAAAAACUCCAGAACGCGCCGCAAAGGCCAUGCUAUUCUUCACCAAAGGCUACGAUCAAAGUUUGGAAGAUGUAUUGAACGGUGCGGUAUUUGACGAAGACCACGAUGAAAUGGUAGUUGUAAAAGAUAUUGAAAUGUUCUCCAUGUGUGAACACCAUUUGGUACCUUUUUAUGGAAAAGUAUCGAUUGGAUAUUUGCCGUGUAAUAAAAUCUUGGGCUUAAGCAAAUUAGCCAGAAUUGUGGAAAUAUUCUCUCGCCGGUUGCAAGUCCAAGAAAGGCUCACUAAACAAAUUGCCGUUGCCGUUACACAGGCCGUUCAGCCAGCAGGUGUCGCAGUCGUCGUUGAAGGAGUACAUAUGUGCAUGGUGAUGCGCGGUGUGCAGAAAAUAAAUAGCAAAACGGUUACCUCUACAAUGCUGGGCGUAUUCCGCGACGAUCCAAAAACAAGAGAAGAAUUCUUAAAUUUAGUCAAUAGCAAAUAAACCAUGAACAACAUUCACACAAAUAUUUUCCAAAGGAAAACUACCAGCUUCCUCUUCAGUCGAUGGCCUAUUAUCGUUAUCAAGGAAGUGUAAUAAAAAAUGUGUUCCACAACUAAUCCAGUACUUAAAUGGCAAAUGUAGCUUCGCACGAAGAAGGAAACAUCCCCCCCCCCCAUUUGUUAUAACUAAUAUUGUCGUUUUAAAACAAACAAAUGGUUACCGUACAAAUGUAUUGAUAAUCCAGCUCUAUUCAUACAAUACUACUCGAAACAAACAAAAACCAUACAACAAUCUACCAACUAUUUGCAAAUGUACAUCAAAUCGUCAUAAGCAUAUUACCUUUAUUAAAUUAAAUUAUUAGGAGAUAAUCGAAAUAUUUUUGGAAAAACAUACAUAUAUACGUCAUUGUUACCGUGAUGGAAGCGGUCGUUAUUUAGGGUACUGAUACCUACUGGGUCCAAUAACUAGUUGUAAGUUGCAGAAACGGAAAUAUUUGUUAGUUUUUAUUUAUCCGAACACUUGAACGAAUUUAUUUUUUACUUUUUGUAUUUGGUGCCUGGGUAGAUUAAAAGAGUAAUUGUUUUGUAUCUUUGUUAUUGUUUAUAUUUUCAAUACGAAUUGUAGAAAAUAAAAACAAAUCUCAUUUCCUUUUUUUGUAACCAAGUAUAAAUAUAAAUUUAAUAAAAUAAGAAGGAGCUAAAAGUUUCUACAUCAAACCAAGUGUCAAACUAUGAAAACGUUUUAGGGAAUUUAUGAAAAUAACAAAAAAGUAUAAUCAAAAAGUUUACAAUUUUUAAGAGCAAAACUGUUUUGUAACUGCGAACAGAUGAGCUAAAAAAUAUUUCUUUUAUGUAUCAUAUAUUAUUAAUAUAUACCUAUAUGUGUAUUACAAUAAAGAUGUUGUUGAAAAUGUAA